AUGCAAAAUCCAAAACCCUUUCCACAACCCUUAAAGACGUUCACCUUUCCCAACCCAAACGGUGAUAAAGUAGAAAAAAGAUCCUCAUUAAUUAAGAAUUCAUUUGGAGAACCAAAUCAUCAACUACGGCGACAGCAACAGUCUGAAGACUCUCGAGGUUUAAACAGUUUGGUUGGUGCGGCAGCUGUAUUAUCAGGGUCAUCAAGCAGCAUUGAUUCAGGAUCUGCUUUUUCCACUUUAACUAACAAAACUACCACUGAACAGACAUCAUCAUCAUCUCCAAGAACGUCAUCUACGUCUAGUUCGUCAUCAUCAUCAUCUUCUUCUUCUUCUUCUUCAUCUCGUGGUACCAGCCCUGAGAUUAUUGGCAACCAAACUCUUAUUCCUGAUACAAGUGCAUUCAAAAUCACCAUUGGUGUUGCUAAUAAUAUUGCCAAGGAGAGGAUUUCAAGCACGUCGCCAGAUCUUAACAAAGAUACUGCUGACGCCGACGGUGAUUCGUCUAUGACUGAUUCUGGGUCAGUUCAGCGUCCCAGCAGUAGCAUGUCUUCAUCCACUGUGAUUACUGGAUUUAGUACAGCAGAACCAGUAGCGCGAUCAGUUUCAGUUUCUGAUGAUACCCAGUUAAAGACAUCUGACAACCGCCUGGGUUCCAGUGGUGGGCAUCAUAUAGAGCUUCGAUCAUCAUCUGCAUCUACAUCAAUAAGCGCUUUGGCCGCUGCAGCGACUACUUCGUCUACACCUAUAAGUAGUAGUAUCACUGCCCCAUCUACAGCUGAUACUGCUGCUACUGUUGGUUCAACUGAAAGACGACAAAUAUCACCGCCAAUAGAGAGUGCUGCUAACUCUAGGCGGCAUGCCCAUAAUGAUUCUGCUUUAGUAUCUCUUUUGGGUCCAAGUGGUGCUAAUUGGAAUCAUUCUGAUAAAUCUCUUGUUCAAGCACUUCAAUUGAAAGCUGAACAAGAGCGUACCAAGCAAGAGUACUAUAGACUGGAAAUUUGGCAGAGGAGCUUGGAUUUAAUUAAAGAUGCCAUUGCAUAUAAAGUCCCCCCGACUUCUAUUCCGCUUUUAUUUCAAUCAAUCAAUGGGGCUGUGAAUCCUGGAUCUGUUCCUUCAUCGCUAGCAGCAGCAACUGCCGCUGGUGCUGGCGCUAAUUCCACGCAAUCUAGUGGUAGUAGUGUUUCGCAGCAACAAGCAUCGACUGCUGCUGCCGCUGCUCUGGCUGCUGCAGCAGCUGCCUCCGUCGGAAGCGUUUCCGUUGAGGCAUCCCCAAAACAUGAACCUAUUCAUAUGCAUGCUCCAUCGGCCAGUAGGAGUGAUAAAUCAGCAUUAGCUUCGGCUAUAAGCCUAGGUGAUAGGGAGCGGUUCCCUUCGGCUAGCUCUAUCUCAGGCGGAGGUGGUUCUGCUUCUGCUAUUGGUGGUCACCAACGCAAUUUGUCGCUGCCACCACAAAUGGCAGCCGAGUAUCAACAGCAUCCUCGUCAACAGUCGCAACAGCUGAGUCCUCAGCAACAAUCUGCAACUUUGGCUUCAAAUUCAGCAUCUGGCCCAACACCUCAGCCAUUGUCAACUAAUCCAUUUAGACCAGGCCAUGCCCAUCACGCAUCAUUAUCUGCAAUUUCGACAUAUAACUCUCCUGGAAGAUACCCCGCUCGACAAACCUGGCAGACUGGAAACUCACAGUCUGGUCCAGUAUUUCCUCCUCCUGUACAACCAACCACUGUAAUUCCAACUUCCCCGUCGUCAUCUCUCCAACAUAUUACAUUUCAUCAUUGGACUCCUAACCAAAAUAAGGGCGGCAUUCCUUCCCCAGGAACAAGUGCACCAGGACCUCUUCCAGCGACUUCAGCAACAUCUGGUUCACCUAAGAAAGAAGUUGGUGAAGAACAGCAGUUGAAGCGAAGACGGUCUAUAACUGAUCGUCCAGGUUCUCCCACUGGCCGUGGUCCUCAGUCUCAUGGUAAUAGCCCAGCACUUUCAGCUGCAGUUGUGCACUCUAAUAUUCGAAAACGGACUGGUAUGGGACAUGCUCGUCAUCGGUCAGAAGCAUCUGUGUUAAGAGGAGGUGAAAUUCAAAUGUCGCGCCCAUGGUCGGGAUCGCAACCUACUGCCAGCUUCUCACGCUUCCAUCCCACUCCUUCAACUGUAACCACUGCCACGAAUGCAAGUGCGACAGCAACGGGCUCAAGUUCGCAAAUUUCAGAGCAACAUUCCGGUGUGAAUGUGCUGGCUAGUGUGGCCGCUGCUGAAUCAGACCGUCAACAGCAUGAAAAAUCCCACGAUGACCAUCGAUAUGCUAGUCCGCAGACUGAUGAGCGGGCUAGAAAACAUAACGUAGAUUUUAUGAUUACCCAACAGACACCCAAGGAUGGUGCCUAA